AUGUCGAAAAGAGAUGCUCACCUUCAACCGCGCAUGUCCAAGAAGCCUCCCUUCACUGUGGAAGCUCCGGGCUACGAGCGUGUCGAAGGAGAAACUAUCCCCCGUCGCCUCCCCGUGGCUAAGGACGGUCUGAUCCUGAAGCCCUCGGAGGACGUCGCAACCGUCUACGAUAAUUUCCGUCGAUCUGCGCGGGUCUUCGGCAACGCGAAGGCCGUCGGCAGCCGUCGCUUGAUCAAGACCCACGUCGAGAACAAGAAGGUCAAGAAGAUCAUCGACGGCAAGGAGCAGGAGGUCGACAAGCAAUGGACCUACUUUGAAAAGAGCGAAUACUCGUACAAGAGCUUCGUCGAGUAUGAGCAGACGGCGCUGCAGCUGGGCGCCGGUCUACGGAAGCUGGGACUCGAGAAGGAACACAAGGUUCAUCUCUACGGUGCCACCAGCGCCAAUUGGCUUCUCAUGUCGCACGGAGCCUCGUCUCAGUCGAUUACCAUCGUUACCGCAUAUGAUACCCUGGGUGAAGAAGGAUUGAAACACUCUCUGGUUCAAACCGACAGUGCCGCCAUCUUCUGCGACCCCGUCCUGAUCCCCGCCGUGGCCAACGUCCUCAAGGACGCCAAGUCCAUUAAAUAUGUCAUCUACAACUCGUUCGAGGAGGUCAAGCAGGAGGACCUGGACCGACUGAAACGGGAAUAUGACUACCUGAACAUCGUGAGCUUCGACGAGCUACAAAAGCUGGGUCAAGAGAACCCCGUGGAUCCUGUUCCACCCGCCCCGGAAGACCUCUGCUGCAUCAUGUACACCUCUGGAUCGACGGGCCCGCCCAAGGGUGUUCCUCUGACGCACAAGAACGUCAUCGCUGCGACCGCCGGUAUCAACGCAAUCGUCGGAGAGUACAUCGGCCCCUCGGACAGUCUUCUGACGUACCUUCCGCAAGCGCAUAUCCUGGAAUUCAUGUUCGAGAACCUUUGUCUGUUCUGGGGUGGUACUAUGGGUUACGGAAACCCUCGCACGCUGUCGGACGCCUCCAUGCGCCACUGCAAGGGUGAUAUUCGCGAAUUCAAGCCCACCAUCCUCGUCGGCGUGCCCGCCGUCUGGGAGUCCGUGAAGAAGGGUGUGCUGAACAACUUGAACAAGGCCAACUUCGUCAUGAGAGGUCUGUUCUGGGGAGCCAUGUCCGCCAAGAACUUCCUGAUGACGACCGGUUUCCCCGGACACAACAUGGGUGCCUCGAUCAUCGACACCGUGGUCUUCCGCAAAUUGAAGGACGCCACCGGUGGUCGGUUGCGGAUAAUGAUGAACGGAGGCGGUCCGAUCUCGAAAGAAACGCAAAAGUUCCUAUCCAUGGCCAUUGCUCCCAUGAUCAGCGGCUACGGGCUGACCGAGACCUCCGCCAUGGGUGCGCUGAACGACCCGAUGGCCUGGAACCCCGACGCGCUCGGCGACCUGCCCGCCUCGAUCGAGGUAAAGCUGGUCGACUUCCCGGACGCCGGCUACCUGACCAAGAACAACCCUCCUCAGGGUGAGAUCUUCAUCCGUGGCGGCAGCGUGACCACCGCGUACUGGCAGAACGAGGAGGAGACCAAGGGCGCCUUCUCCCACGACGGAUGGUUCAUGACGGGUGACAUUGGCGAGUUCGACCAGUACGGUCACCUCAAGAUCAUCGACCGCAAGAAGAACCUGGUCAAGACCCUCAACGGUGAAUACAUUGCGCUCGAGAAGCUCGAGUCGGUCUACCGUUCCUCCCCCGUGGUCGGCAACAUCUGUGUCUACGCCGCCCAGGACCAGGACAAGCCGAUCGCCAUCAUCGUUCCCGUCGAAGCCGCGCUGCUCAAGCUGGCCCACGAGAACGGCAUCGAGGGCGACUCUGUCGAAUCCCUGGUGCACAACGAGAAGCUGAAGGGCAUCGUGCUCAAGCAGCUGCAGACUGCCGGCCGUGCCGCCGGACUCCGUGGUAUUGAGAUCAUCAACGGCGUGGUGCUCUCCGACGAAGAGUGGACCUCUCAAAACGGAUACAUGACCGCCGCCCAGAAACUCCAGCGCAAGAAGAUUGUCAGCCACUUCCAAAGCGAGAUUGACAUUGCGUAUGGCAAGAAGAAGAACGUCUAA